ACCGACAAGAAAGUUGGUAAUUUCUCGUGUAUCCAAGCAGACUUUCACCUUACGCGGAACCAAGGGUAUUUUAUCAUCCAGGUCUACAUACCAAGUAUUUUGAUAGUCCUUUUGUCGUGGGUGUCAUUCUGGCUGGAUGUUGAUUCCAUUCCAGCGCGCAUUUCGUUGGGUGUUCUGACCGUUUUGACAAUGACAACGCAAAGUUCCGGUGCUCGGGCCUCUUUACCAAGAGUCUCCUACGUGAAAGCUAUCGAUGUCUGGAUGGCUGUCUGUUUAGUUUUCGUAUUCGCUGCCCUCUUGGAAUUUGCUUACGUCAAUGUUUUGUCGCGUCGCAGAUCCUAUAGUAGGUCGAUCUCUCAGAAGAUAACGAAGCGAAUCAUGGACAGACGAAGAACUGAACGUCAAACUGGCGGCGCAUCUGCAAAAAAUGAUAUGCAAGAGAACGGACCAGAUACAGAAGGCGACCACGGCAUUCCUAACAACAAGCAAUCAGCGCGAUUCUUCGACAAGGUUGCACGGUACACCUUCCCACUGGUAUUUGGUUUGUUUAAUGUCUUCUACUGGAUCUUUUACAAUAUGUGGAAUUUCAAAUAAAUCGGAUAAUUAUUAGUUAAUCAAUCAAAUUGAUUAAUCAAAUUAUUGAUUAAUUUAAUCAAGCGAUUACCUGCCCCCACUCCUCCAUAUGAACAAUGCAAGAUUGAAAGAAAAGGAAAAAAAGAAAAAAAAGAAA